AUGCCAAAUGAAGACCAAUACUAUGAAAUAUACAUAUUAGGGACUUCGUCGAUAGACAUGUAUGCCAAAUGUGGAAACAUUGAAAGGGCCAAAUGCAUAUUUCAUGGUAUUGGUCUUCAAAAGGAUGUAAUGGCUUGGAGUGCCAUGAUCGCUGCCCUGGCCAUGCAUGGACUUUCAGAGGAAUGUCUUGAACUAUUUACAAAGACGAUAAAUGAUGGGGUGAGGCCUAAUGCUGUGACAUUUGUGGGUGUUCUUUGUGCUUGUGUACAUGGAGGUUUGGUUAGUGAAGGAAACCGAUAUUUCAAGAGGAUGAUGGAAGAUUAUGAUGUUAGUCCUCUGAUACAACAUUAUGGUUGCAUGGUAGACCUAUACAGCAGAGCUGGUUGUAUUGAGGAUGCUUGGAAUGUGGUGAAAUCUAUGCUUUUGGAACCUGACGUGAUGAUAUGGGGAGCUCUGCUUAGUGGUGCUAGGAUGCAUGGUGACAUUGAAACUUGUGAGGUCAUGUCAAUAAAGAAAUUUCUUGAGUUGGAUCCCACAAAUAGUAGUACCUACGUGCUUCUUUCUAACGUGUAUGCAAAGCUGGGACGGUGGGGGGAAGUGAGGCAUUUGAAGAGAUCUAUGGAUGUCAGUGGCAUCAAGAAAGUUCCAGGUUGUAGUUUGGUUGAGAUAGAUGGUGUUCUUCAUGAGUUUUUUGUAGGGGAUGAUUCUCAUCCCGAAACCCAAGAUAUACAUAGGAUGCUUGAUGAGAUUAUGAAGAGGUUAAAAAAGAAUGGUUAUAUAGGUAACACAAGUGAGGUAUUGCUUGAUUUGGAUGAGGAAGGAAAGGAGUUUGCAUUAUCUCUUCAUAGUGAAAAGCUGGCAAUUGCAUAUUGCUUCCUCAGGACAAGCCCGGGUACCACAAUACGGAUUGUAAAGAACUUGAGGAUAUGUAGCGAUUGUCAUGUUGCAAUCAAGAUGAUAUCAAGGGAAUUUAAUAAGGAGAUUAUUGAUAGAGAUUGCAACCGGUUUCACCUUUUUAAAAAUGGGCUGUGUUCCUGCAAAGACUACUGGUAA